UUAUUAAACACACCGGAUCGCUCUAUUUUCUUUAAAUGGGUGAUGGUUCCCCUCCACUCGGUGCAGAUUUUCUUUCGAGAUGAGCGAAUUGGGUCAUUCCUGAAGAGAAAUAGAAUGAAUGCCGUGGAAAGGCUGGAAGAAAGCAAAGCUACAGAUGGAAGCCUGCAGAUGGGAUCGAGUGCAAUUUCCUCGGAAAUUAUGACAGAAGUUGGUCAGCAACCCCUCAAUCUGACAGUGAACAGUUCUGGUGGAGGGAGGAAGGUCUUGGAAGAAAAUAGCUGGCAGUCUGUACCAAUCAAAGUGGAAAGAAUGGAAGAAGAAACUGAAGCGAGCACUGUAAAUGAUGUGCAAGACUUUGAUAUUUAUAGUGCCAUGGAGUGGAAAAAUGGAGUGGGGUCCUUGCCUGGCAGUGACUUAAAGUUUCAAAUGAAUGAAUUUGGAACCCUGGAGAUUAUCACCAAUGAAGAACAGGCUGCUGAAUCCACUGAACAGAGUUCUGCUGAAUCUACGGUUGGAUUGAGGAAUGCAUACAGUGUUGCUUCUAAUACACAAGAAAACGUUUCUGAAGAUAUUUGCACUAAUGAUCUGUCUAACACACAAGGCAUCUGCUACUGUGAAAACUGUGGAGGAUAUGGGACAAUGGGCAAGUUUAAUAGAUGUGACCAUUUCUGUGGCUCAAAUUAUAAGCAACUGUAUGAAAAUGAACAAUCUGCUAUGGACCAUGCUCUUGUGAAGCAAAAUGCUAGUGUAAUAUUGAAACGGACGAAAAAACGAAAGAGGAAAGUGAGUGUUAACCCAAAAGAAGAAUCUGAUGAAGAUUUUGAAGAUGAUUACAUGGAAGAAGUACAAAGUGCUGAGAAAAUGAAGAUAAAAGUGUCUUCAGUCUUGACAGAACACAGUCGCUUCAAAAACAUUGGACAAUCUGACCCAAAUUCCAAGCUUCCUAAACAGGCUGUUCCACUCUCUGGAAAGAAAAAGUCCUGGUCGUGGGUGAAGUAUCUGGGAGAAGAAAAUGCAUUAGCUGCACCCCCAAAGCUGUUUAAUGAGUUUCAGUUAGUUCCCCAGAAUAAAAAUGGAUUUAAAGUAGGCAUGAAACUGGAAGGAAUUGAUCCUCGACAUCCCUCCACGUUCUGUGUGUUGUCAGUUGCAGAGGUAUGCGGUGUUCGCCUGAGGCUCCACUUUGAUGGAUAUUCUGAAUGUUUUGAUUUCUGGAUUAACAGUGACUCACCUGAUAUCCACCCAGUGGGAUGGUGUGAGAAGACCGGCCACAAGUUGUAUCCUCCUAAAGGCUACAAGGAAGAGGAGUUUAACUGGGCAAGCUAUCUGAAAAUCUGCAAAGCCCAAGCAGCACCAAAGAAUUUAUUUAAAAUUCAGAAUACAACAAUUACUCCUUCAGGAUUUCGAAUAGGAAUGAAGCUGGAGGCAGUUGACAGAAAGAAUCCCUCCCUGAUAUGUGUUGCAACAGUCACGGAUAUAAUUGACCAUCGUUUUUUGGUGCAUUUUGAUAACUGGGAUGACACAUAUGAUUACUGGUGUGAUGCUAGUAGCCCGUAUAUUCACCCAGUGGGCUGGUGUCAAGAACAAGGCAAACCACUUACUCCUCCUCAAGGCUACCAUGAAAAUUUUUCGUGGAAGAAAUACCUGGAAGAUCUGGGUGCUAUAUCAGCUCCAGCCCGUGCUUUCAAAAUAAGGCCAUCACAUGGUUUCCAAGUGAAUAUGAAACUGGAAGCUGUGGACAAGCGUAACCCAAUGUUGAUUCGUGUUGCCACAGUUGCAGAUGCAGAUGAUCAAAGGAUCAAGAUUCAUUUUGAUGGAUGGAGUCAUCAUUAUGAUUACUGGCUUGAUGCAGAUCAUCCUGAUCUUCACCCUGCUGGAUGGUGCGCCAAGACAAAUCACCCACUGCAACCACCACUUAAUUCACAAGGCUUUGUUGCAGCUCCAACUCCAGGAGGAUGUCCGACACCUGGAUGCAUCGGUGUGGGGCACAUCAAAGGUGCUCGAUACACGGGUCAUCACAGUGCCUUUGGAUGCCCCUAUUCAGAGCUCAACAUGAAGAAGGAGUCAAUAAUUCAUGACAGAUUAGGAGGAGAGAAACAGAUGACUCUCAUUCCUAUUCCUUUUGUCCCAAGAACUAAACGUCUUGAGAGUAAUGGUUCAAAUGGGAAGCCAGAGGGAAGUGUUAAUGACACAAGAAAAUGUCCUACUCCCGGUUGCAAUGGUUCUGGCCACAUAACUGGAAAAUACACGGCACACCACCGACUCUCAGGUUGCCCUCUAGCUGAACAGAACCAGCUCAAGGUCAAAAUAGAAACACAGGAUGAUGAGGGGCCCACUGACAAUAAAUCAGUAUUAUCAUUCAUUCAACGCAAAAGGACCAAACAACAGAACAGGCUAACUCGACCAGCAAAAUAUUUGAAAAUCAAAGAGAAUGCAGAUGAUAUGGACCUACAUAGUCUACUGAAAGAUCUUUCCUUUGACACUAUGCAGCAAGCUCUCCACCAGUCUGUUUUCAUGUCAACCAUGUCUGCUCACACUGUUCGUGAUCUCCCCCUUUGCUGGGAGCAGCACUGCAAACUACUGCCCAGCGUGCUGAACUUUCAGGCCAGCAAGGUGUCCAAGUGGACUAUCGAUGAGGUUGCAGACUUUGUGCAGACUCUCCCCGGUUGUGAACUACAAGCAAAAAUCUUCAAAGAAGAGCAGAUUGAUGGAGAAGCAUUCCUGUUGCUGACACAGAUGGAUAUAAUUAAGAUCAUGAGCAUCAAAUUAGGCCCAGCCCUGAAGAUUUACAAUUCCAUUUUAAUGUUUAAGAAUUCGGAAGAUGACUUGCAAUAGGUAUUGAGGAUUUCAAAGGACAGUUGCUGAAUGAUGUUAUCUUUAUGAUAAUUAAAAAGUAAUCUCUAGUUAUGAAGGCACAUAAAACUGUAGAUCAUUUUAUCAGCAAGAGUAACAGGGUACACAAAGAUAUUAUGGGUUAUUGUUGAAUUAAAGAAAUAUUACUUAUAAAUAGUUGUUCAGAAAUUAAGAUGAAGUCAAUAAAUUGUGCAUUAAUGGGAGAUGAUCCAGUUGGAAGUUGUAUGUAUGUGGUGGACAUGUAAAACAUUUUCCAUGUUUUUGAGAGCAAAUCAUAAUUUUACAACAUAAAAAGCAAAAGUAUAUUACUGCCUGUGAGAUGACAUGGUUUAAAUACAACAUGAUACAUGCACUUUAACAAAGUUACCCUGGACUUGGAGUACAACAAGAGAUGAUUAUAAACAAGAGCACAAUUAAUCACAUUGAAACAAACAAAAAUAUCACAUCAGUCAUAUUUGCAAACAUAUCUUUUAACUGUCUUAUGCCGUAUAGAUAGUGAAAUAUCUUCCAAACAUAGCUAGUCAUUUACGACUCCAACCUUUAACUCAUUUGACUGCUUCAACUGAACAACUAUAUAGCAAAAGGUCCUCCCUACUAACGGUAGCCAUAUGAUGCCAGCCUAUCUAUUCACUCUGAUCUUGACACUUCAACAAAAGGAACUGGAGGCAGUAAUGCUAGCAAAGUUCUUGUAUCCAUUCCAUAUUUAUUGCUGCAAAACAAACUAGGCCACUCUCUACCAUACAUACCUAAUUUUCACAUCAAGAAUGCAAAUGAAUUUGGUAUAAGCCAAAAUAUAUCAGGAUGCAAUUUUGUCCACCUGGCCUGACAGAAUAAUUCAUGCACUAGUUUCCUUUAAUCAUGCAUUGUGCUGUUUGUUUGAUAAUUAUCAUUAAUAAAGGUUAUAGUUUGUAUCUUCCCAUUACUUGCAAUUCAAUAGGGAAACCAAUAGUGCCGAGACUCCAACUGAGUUCAUGAAUUAUGAAACUACUGUUUUCUAAUACUGUAUGUCGCAAAUCCUUUUUGUUUUCACACUUUCAGAACAUAUUCUUGAGGCAUUUCUGUGGUAUUGAAAAUUUACUCCUGAAGGGACAAAGUGCAUUGUUGUUAUCGGUAAUGUGCUCUUAAUAGGCCUUGAGCUCAGUAAUAAAUUAGUGUUUCUUUAGAAGAACAUUUGUGUUUUGAAGUAUUGAAAUCCAACUGCAUUGAGGUGUUGCCUGCUUUUACAUUGUGGUUGUAUUUUGAUUUGUAUUCUCAAUUUGUGGAGCAGUACAGUUCUGUAUAUAAUGUUUUACUGUAGUGAUGUUUUCCUUACUUAUAUUUCCAGAGCUCUUAAUCAUUCCAAAAUACUAUUCUUUAUCUUUGAGAUAUUUUUUCAAAAGUAAUAUAUACAAUAUCUAUAAUGGGUAGGGCAUGUUCAUUCUCAAAACAAAUGGUUGAUUAUAAUCCACAAAGUAUCUUGUCAGGAUGGAAUCAUUCUUUUUAAAUUACAGAGUCAGAAUACAAUAUGAUGUAUAUUAAAGUCUGGUGUCAUUUGGGAGGUACAGUGGAUGGGGAGGUGAAUGUGUUCUAUACCAAGAAGCAGUGCUACACUAUUUUUCCUUUAACCAGCCUCAGUUUUUCUUUUCUGUAUAGCUUAUGAUGUAGAACACAUUCCACAUGGUUAUUGUGUUUGUUCAAAUUAUCCAGAUGUGUACAAGACUUAAAAUGUAUGCAAGAAAAAACUUAAUGGGUAUAUUUGAUUUUAUAUCUUUUCAAACUACAGCAUUUGGAAUUAAAAAAAUUAGACCAGUUUUAACAGUUACCUCUAUUUUUGUGGUAAACCUACUUUUUCGUUUAUUUUUAAAACCAAAUUAAAAAUGGAUGUAGCUCUGCAAGAGUUUUGUAACUCUUGAGUUAAAGAGUACUGUAAGUUAGUUCCUUGUCUCGGCAUCAUCUAAAUCUCAAAUUUGUCUGACAAUUUGUGCCUUGUCAUUUCAUGUGGAAGUUGGUAACUAAAGAAACAAUCUAUACAAAUCAGGGCAAUUUGAAAGAAUUCUGACCUUUUAGAAAUAUCAGGAAAUAAGGGUAUAAAUAUACUGAAAAAGAUUUGGCUAAAACAUUAGAUAAAUUAACAAAAUGCUGGUUAUUUCUGAAAUUUACAUGUAUGGAGUUUUUUUUAUAGACAGUGACAGAGCACAUCUUUUAUAAUAUUUAUAUGAUUUAGGAUCAUUGCUGCGACAGCCUAAGAAUUCUUAUAUGGCAAUAUCGCCAGCAACUACAAAAUGCCCUUUGUAUUGGUCCUGACAUUGGAGGCUUCAAUAGAACAAAACCUUAUUGGCUUCAGCUGUUCAAAGGAGGUGGAAAAAUAGCAUGAAUGCUUUUUAUACUGUGACCGUGUAAUAUUGUCAUUAUUAUUGAAUUUCCCUCUCAGUGAACAAAGCCAUAAAAUUUAAUUCAUUCUCCUACUAAAUCCAAAACACCUGUUCAUCAAGCUUGCUAUAUUUGUUUGAUAGUGUCUGUUAUUUACAUGUUAAAAAUCGUUAUUUAAAAAAAACUAACUUGUGCAGGGAAUGUUUAAAAAUAAUCUUUUAUUCUGGCAUGCUGUAUUUUACCUCCAAUUGCAUUUUUUAACUGUGAUAAUUUGAAAGUAAGCUUGCAUUUAAAAAUAAAGUGCUGUUAAGAUUAAACUUACUGGAAUUCUAUAGACUCCAUUCCAUGAUGUGUUAGUUUUAACCUGUCAUCUAAUACACAUAAUAAUCUUGGUGAAACAUUACAUGAUGUGUCCACCUUCACAAUUUUGAAUCGUUUUUUUAAGAUCUUGGCCAUGAAUUUUCACAGAGAGAACAAUCUAUGAUUUCAAGGAGAUACCAGUGGAAAAUGCCAUUAGAUUUUGUUGCUUCUGAGAUUCUACAGAGACUAAACAAAAUCAUACAAAAGGUGGAUGCAGUUCAGGCACUCUGAUGACAAUGAAUAUUACUGAAGCUCAAGUCACCUUUUUGUACCCAAUCACAUGUCUAUCCUUUGUAUAGUUAUUCCUCCAAGAGACAUGGCUAUUUUUAAUGGCUAAUUGAUCUUGAAUUAAGACAGUUAAGAGUCAAUAAAUUGGAUUUUUCUUCAAGGUCAAUAUGAACCAGUUGUAUUUUUUUGCUCAUUCUGAAGUUUCAUGAUUCCAGGUACUGACACAUUUUUCCAAACUGCAUCAGUUUAAAAUUGUCAUGAUGAGGGAUCAAAUUUUGUUAGGAUCAGUACUGGCUACCCAGGGAGUACAAUCUGACAUAUAAGAACAAGCUCCAAAACUAUUAUUAAAUUCAAAGACAAACAGACAUAUACACAUUUAUUUCUACAAAAAGCAGAAUAAUCUCCCCUCUCACGCAACUUUUAAUAAUUGUUCUUUCUUAUCAGUCUUCAGCACUUUUGAUGCUAUUCAUUACAAUAGUAUGGAGUGUUGGUUACUAUACAAUGACUUUUUUUAUAUUUUCUGACAUGAAUAAAAUUGACCUAUAGACAUCUGCAAAAAUAGAGCCCAUUUAUUAUCUUCAGAUGGCCUGCAGUCAAUGCCUCAGGAUGCAGGUCCUAUUGUCUGAUGGAGUGACCUCACUGAAACCUAUCAUAUGCCAAAAGGCCUUGAUGGAGUGGACGUGGAGAGGAUGUUUCCUAUGGUGGGGAAGUCUAAGACCAGAGGAAUCAGCCUCAGAAUAGAGGGGCAUCCUUUUAGAAUGGCAUGAGGAGGAAUUUCUUUAGCCAGAGAAUGGUGAAUCUGUGGAAUGCAUUACCACAGGUGGCUAUGGAGGCCAAGUCAUUGGGUAUUUUUAGGCAGAGGUUAAUAGAUUCUUGAUUAGUCAGGGCAUGAAAGGAUAUAGGAAGAAGGCAGGAGAUUGAGGCUAAGAGGGAGAAUGGAUCAGCCAUAAUGAAAUGUCAAAACAGACUUGAUGGGCCAAAUAGUCUAAUUCUGCUCCUAUAUCUUAUGGUUUUACCAAUAUUUAAACUUGGCUGAAGCCAGAGUCCUACCAAAUUAAGAUAACUCAGAGAGGCUGCAAGCUAAAAUAAUGAGGCUUGGAGUGUUUGGGGGACACGGUUGCAAAGCAAGGGUUAUUUGAGGAGGAGGAUGGUGUUUGGCUUCAGGUAGGAGAAAUUUAGUAACCGAACACCAACAAGGUAAUGUGAAGGCAAAAGAACAUUGUUGUGAUUUGGAGUAAGAUUACACAGAUUUUAAAGGGAUGGAAAGUUUAUUGGCCACAGUGAUUAAAGAGGAUGAGUCCAAACAGAGAGAAUGGUAAAUUAUCCACAUUAGAGCCACUUAAUAUAAGAAGCAUUGAUUGGCGAAUCAGUUGAGUAAACGGUUAUAAAUGGGAUUUAAUUGAGAGCUAUAAUGGAGAUGAAUACAGUAAAGGGAACAAGAUUGAGAACUAAAUAUUCCCAAUAGGGCACCAUGUGAAAAGACAGGAAAUUGGAAAAAUGAUUUCAAUAAAUGAUGUAAGUGCAAUCGCAAGGAUGAGUUGACUAUGAAGUAGAAUCAAACCUGGAUGGAAGUUAUCAAUAAUGAGAGACAGCAGUAAGUGUAGUUACAUGUCUCAGAAAUGUAGCUGCACCUUUGGACAGAUAUAUUAAUCUAAAAUAGUGGUGUUCACUUACAUUCAAAACUUAUUAAAUAAUGAAGAAAUCUGUGCCCAUGUCAAAGAAAACAUUAUGGCCUCAGUAAUGUGUGCUACACUGAUAUUACACAAUAAAACCUACCACAAAACAGAAUCCAACAAAUUCCUCAUCAACUUCUUUGCAUCAAAACAUCCAAUAUCAACUUUGUGACUGUUGGAGCCAUGUAUCUGUUCUCUAUCUGUAUUGUAUUCUGUGUUGCAUGUUCAGCGUGGCAGUUAGUCACAUGAGUGGGGGUGUGGUAAAAGCAAAGAAUUUAGUUUUGUUUUCAUGCUUUGUCUUUAGUUUGCUUAGAGUUAGAGAUGGAGACAGCUGGGUAUGAUAUAUUUUGGUUGACCACUUAAUUUCACUUAAUUAUGCUUAACUUUGCCAAAAAUUUGUGUUUACCUACAUUGAAAGUUUAUGUACAUUUAAUACAUUAAGAUUGUUUAUUUUGUUAUAUCACUAGUUUUAGUUUCAUUAGUUUUAUUGCUUCAAGAUUGUUUGUUUUG